AUGGAAGCCGUGGUCCAAUUCGAUUACGCGGCCCGCGAACCCGACGAGUUGACGUUGAAGAAGGGAGACGUCAUCACCGAUGUCAAGCCUAUGCCCGACGGAUGGAUGGAAGGGCACAAGGAUGGCAAGAAAGGAAUGUUUCCCGACACCUACGUUAAGAUCGUUCAUGCUUCGGGCGGCGUCGUUUUGAGAAAAAAAAAUGCCAGAAAGUGUAAGGUGUUGUUCAGCUACAAACCAGCAAACAGAGAUGAGUUGGAGUUGAACAUAGACGAUGUAAUCGAGGUUCUUGGCGAAGUCGAGGAAGGUUGGUGGAAAGGAGAGCUUAGGAACGAAAUUGGUGUUUUUCCAUCCAACUAUGUCACUGAAAUAUCAGACGUUAAGAGUAUUAUUAUUAGUAGAAGUGACUCAAAAACUUCAACUGGAUCCCUCAAGAAAGAAGAAAGCAUCAAAAAAGAAAAAUCUAUUGUGGAACCAAUCAAAACUGUUGAUAAUAAUAUUGAACCCAAUGCUCCAGUUCUACCUCCAAAACCAGCUAAAGAAGUUUGUGUUGCACUCUUCCCUUACGAAGCUGUCAAUAGUGAUGAACUGUCACUGGCUGAAGGCGAUAUAGUUACUAUUUUAUCACGUGAAGUAGAAGACAAAGGCUGGUGGAAAGGAGAGCUUAAAGGAAGAAUCGGAGUGUUUCCUGAUAAUUUUGUUCAAAUAAUGAAUCAAGAUGAGUUGGCAACUAAAUCUGAUAAAACUGUUAGUAGUCCACGUAGCGGCACAACGGCUUCACUACGUAAAGUUUUUCAGAGCCAAAUGGAAAAUAAAUCUUUGGGACCAGUGGUGAGCAAGAAACCAGCUCUGCCACCACCACCACCUACGACCAAGAAACCACCCACUGCCAAAAGUUCUUCCACGUCUUCCUUGUCAAAAACUAUUAGUGGUAUUAAAUCCAUGUUGAAUUCUGAACAAAACACCACGGAUAAGAUGAAGCAUAUAAAUUCUGAAAUUGGGGAUUCUAAACAAUACGGCUCUAUAGCUGUAAAACGUUCAGAGUCUGUGGGUUCCAUGAAGAAAUCCUCGGAUUCGCCAGAUGGCUCAAGUAUGAGUAGAUCAAUAUACCAUGUUACGCCAGAAUCGUCCCCUACAUCAUUAGUGUUUACAAAUCAUGAUAACAAUUCUCCUGAGCCCAAGAGUCCUGAUUUCGAUCAAAUAGAAAGAACCGCAAUGCUUAGUCAUCCAACUGCAUCUCGAGCUAAGGCACCUAGAAGGAGGCCACCGUCUGCAGCGUUUAAUGUAUCCACUGAGGAUGAUCCAGCUUUGGAUCCCCCGCCAACAAACGGAAUACCCGGUGUGGAUAAAGAAAAGGCCCCAUGGGUUCAAGAGUUGAAGAUGAAUCAGGCAAAGAAAUCAUCGAUUGCUAAUUCUGUGAUAGGUGGUGGUAGAACACGAGUGAUGAUCAAUCCGUCUACAACCACUAUAACAUCAGAGAGUUCAUCAGAAACCACAACAGUAACAUCCAGAUCAGGAUUGACUUCAGUGGGCUUGGGCGGUGUUGUUUUUAAACCUCCUGGUUACGUGCCACCUCUGACCACACCUGAACCGGUCACAGUUAGCACACCAACCAGUCCUGUUGCACCUAUAUCAGCCGAUUUUAGUCUGUCAACGCCAUCAGUAGAGGGAAGUCUAAUAUCAGUGUUAAAUGAGAAGGUAAAACAAUUGGAGUCCACUGUUCAACUACAAAACAGUUUACUUGACAAGUUGUCGACAAAGUUGGAAGUGGAAACGGAAAAGCGUAUGGAGAUUGAGAAAGAAAUGAAAAAGAUUAUGGAACUCGUAACAAGAGUUUGA